AUUCGACAGUGACUUCAUGCCGUUCUGGUUAAGUCGUCAACUAUACAACAAAACAACACCAGGUCUAGGCGACAUGGUAAAGGUUGCAGUGCAAAUACUUUCGAAGAACUCUAAAGGCUUUGUUUUGCUCGCGGAAGGUGGACGCAUCGACCACGCUCAUCACGUUAACCUCGCGCAGCUCGCCCUGCAGGAGACCGUGGAGUUUGAAGGAGUGGUCGGGGCGAUAUCACAAAUUCUUCCUGAAAAUGAAACACUUAUCGUCGUUACGGCAGAUCAUUCUCACACCUUAAACAUUGCAGGUCACCCACCACGAGGAACCAACAUCCUUGGUUUUGCUGGAACAACAGAGACAGAAAAGCCAGUUGAAUACACCGUGCUUUCCUACGGCGUUGGACCAGGAGGGUAUAGACCACUUGUGAAUGUGACUUUAAAAAACACAACGGACAUUUUUUUUCGACAGCAAGCGGCAUUUCCCAUGAAGUUGGCCCCUCAUGGUGGUGAGGACGUGGCCGUCUACGCCAAGGGAACCUGGGCGCACCUCUUCACUGGCGUCCAUGACCAGACGUACAUUCCCUACGUCAUGGCCUAUGCAGCGUGCAUAGGACAGUUCAACGGCACCGAGUGCCACGAGUGCAAGUCGUAAACCUAGCUUCUAGCGUUGUGAGAGGGGGACAUGGCGGUGGGAAUCACUCCAUCAAUUGGACAACCUCGUCUAUGCAAACAUGUGCCCCCUACUGCUCAGUCAGAUGAUGGACAGGCGCUACCUACUUUACGUAGCGCGUAAAAAUAUUUCGCCACAUAUUUGGGUGUUCGUCGAGAAUACCAAAUCCUAUAACAAAUAGAAAGACUGAGUCAACAUCUAUAAAACAAAACGCCUAUCACGUUCUGAAAUACAUGGGGCCUACAGUAAUGCAUAAAAAAACUGCGAUUUUACAAUAAACGUUCUGCCGAAGCACAAUGGUAUCCCGCCGCACUUGCAUGCCAAUAAAUGUUAUACGGAUAUUCGGUUCCUUCCUCACUCAUUUAAAGAAGAAAUAAACUUUA